AUGAAUCGUAACAAACUGUCUACACAAUUAUCAGAAGAACUAUUUCUGGAAAUACAAGUAUACAAAAAUCCUAGUAGUUAUAUUGAAUAUUGGAAGAGAACGCGAUACUUUAAGCGUUGCGUUCCUCAGUUGCUGGAAGUUUAUCAUAGGAAGAAAAUGGGUGGCAGUAUGACAAAAAUAUUACCUGGUUUGUAUGUUGGGGGUUUUGAUAAUGCCAAAAAUGAAGAAGAAUUAAUGGCGAAUUGCAUAUCUCAUAUAAUUAUUGUUCAAAAUUCGAAAAACGAUGUUGAAAGAUCAAUAAGUCGUCAAUAUUUACAUCUUAUUGUCAAUGAAAAAUUAGAGAAUAGUUUGUUAAACCAAAUUCAAUUGUCCAAUGAUUUCAUUCAUCGGGCCCGUUUGGAUAGUGGGAAUGUAUUAGUGUGCAGUGACUCAGGUCUAUCAGCUAAUGUAGCUGUUGUUACAGCUUAUUUAAUGACUAUUUAUUCAUUAGAUUAUUAUUCAGCUAUUGGUGCUUUAAGAAGUUUACGAUAUGGUGCACAUCCAGUUGAACCUUUACAAAAACAAUUAAUAGAAUUUGAUAGGGAAACUAAUGAAAAAUCCAUUCAUAAUCCUCAUCGAGAACAAGAACAGCAACAACAACCACAACAACAAGCUGAAUUAUUAGAUUCUUUUAAAAAUCCAUUAAAUUCCACAAUAUAUUUAACUAUAACAUCAGCAUCAGAACGUGAACGAUUAAAUUCAAUUUAUGGUGAAUGGCCAUAUCUUGAAGAAGAUUUACAAAUUCUUCGUACUGCAUUGAAUUCUCAUUUAAAUUCAACUGAAGAAUCAGAAUUUCUAUUUAAUAAUAAUGAAUAUUAUAAAACUAUACAAAAUGACAACGGAUAUAAUGUUGAUGUUGAUAAUAAUGAUAAUAAUCUAACUACUACUCAUACCGCUGAAGUAGUAGCUACUGGUGAAGACGAUCAUAUUAAUCCUAGUAUACUUGAUGUCAAUAAUAUUCCUUCAAUUCCUAGUGUUAUUGGACACAUUAAGAAUGAUGGUAGCUUAACGGAUUCAGAAUCAAUACAAUCUCAUUUGAAACUAUUGGAUGAACAACAAGAUAAUACAUUAUUGAAUAAUAAUGAUAAUAACGAUGAGAGUAAUAAUACUAAUGAUGACGAUGGUUGUGGUGAUGUUGAUGGAAAUGAUCUAGACAGUAUACCAUUUGUAACUGUUCCUAUAAAUGGUAUUCUUAUAUCAGACGAUGUAAUAAAAAAGAGUUCUUUAAAACCAUCUUCAAAUGAAUCUGACGUAUUCAUUGUUGAUUCAACUCAGUUGCCUGAAAGUUGGGAUCAUCUUUCUAAUGUUAGUUCAUCAAUUCAAAGUGAAAAUUCACUUGAAAUAGGUUUUGAAAUAAAAGAUGAUCUAGAUGAUAAUAUACCUGGAGCUAUUGAAAUACCAACAAUGGAUUCUAUGCAUUCACGUAGUUAUGGAAAAGCUCAUACAUAUAAUAAUCACUAUGGUGGAUCAAAUCUAAGUCAUAGUAUAUAUAAUACUGCACAUAGUUUAUAUCCUACUACCAAUACUACUAAUACUAAUAUAAGUAGUAAAUCUAAAUAUCAACAAAUAUAUCCAAAUACUACAUUAUGGAAUUCUUAUAAUUAUAAUAGAAUUGAAUUAACAAAUACUACUCAAUUACAAAAUUAUAGUAAUCUAUCAACUACUGCUCCAAAUUGUGACAUCUAUUUUAAAACUUAA